AUGGCUCCGUCAUCCGGUGGCAUGGCGCGCGACUACUUGAAUAAGUUCCGUUUUCUACCUCAAUCGACUCCUGAACUUUCCCUACCCAAAGUUCCAGAGAAGCCACAAGUUCCAUACUUUUCCGUCUGGGUUGACGGUCGAAAGUUACGGUUUCCCUUUGAGAAGGGCAACCUCUCUGGUGCUACCCCUUUGUGGAGAAUCCAUGCCAUUUUGGCAGAACAGAAGCAAGCAGUAAUGGAAGCUGUCAGCAACUCUGGGUUGCCGAUCAGCUCACUUGACUCGGAUGUACAUGUACACGCGAACUGUGAACAUGAUGCACGCGCAGCUGUAGGAGAAGAGUGUGGUUUCUUCCUAUGCAGCUGUUUGUGGCGUCGGGGUCGACAGUUUGGAGUGUGCUUCGAGAAUGGCCGCCUAGGCGGCGCUACCAGGCCCUCGGAAGAGGGCAGUGCCGGCAAUGGUUUGCAGGCCCAAGUUGACGACGACGAUGUCUUCAGGCCCGAGCUGGGCCAAAACUCUUGCGAGGCGACUGCAGUCGUGAUGCAGAACAGAGACGACGAUUGGAUCGAUGCAGCAUCUUUGGGGAGUGCUCUCUGCUCAGGGAGCGCGUGCUGCCCCGCCGCUACAGAGGUCGAUCGAACAUUUCUUGGUGACGCUGCAGGGACGCUGGAGGUUGCUGGUGGCGGCCAGUUCCUCUACCAGACCCGGCCGACCAGGGAGAAGGUCACCUUCGAGCCGGUCGCCGCGAUUCAGGACUAUAGGUUCGCUGAAGUCACUGUCCCGCGCCCGAGCUUGAGUGACGUCGCUCAGGCCUUUUCUCGAGGAGUACUGGGUGAUGCUGGAGGCGGCCACUUCGCCUUCCAGGACGGUCGCUGCUCAGGAGCACUAGUUCUCGAGGAUGGUGGGCUGCACCUAGCCACUUCCGAGCCCCUUCUUGGCAACGACGGAGACGUAGGAACUGUGCCCCAUAAAGAAAUGAUGAAGACCCGCGAAGGGCAAAGAAGUGUUGUAGCGGCCAGCCCUUCCCCUCGAGAAAACUGGUCGAAAGAAGAAAAUCAAGAGCCAGAAAGGCCACUCCCGAGCCCUAACCCGCCACCAGCCCGUUCUGGGCUCCCGAGCGGUAGGACUCUCGAUGGCCAUGGGAAGCAGCCAGGCGGCCAGUUCUUCUUCGAGGACGGCGGCUGGGAAACUCUUGACGCGAAUACCUGUGGAGCUGCCAGAGACGGCAAGAAGCAGCCCCUCCACUUGGGUUGCCAGUGCGACUUUGCAGUUACCCACUGCAGUGAAGCAGCUGGCGGAGAGCUUCCUUGGGAGACGAAUUGCGAUGUGGGCAGCCACGGCCUGCAGCAGCACUACAAUUUGAGGCGCUGCCCAGGGCUGCUAGGAGAAAUCACCGCCUUUCAUGAUGAGGUGCCGGGCCGCGCUAACAGUGGUGAGGAACCCGGACCUCCGGAGACCGCGCAGCGUGACCAGCGAUACCCAGGACCCAAGGGAUCCGAGGGUAAGAGCGGUUUCAAUCUAGAUAUUGGCAGUAUCUUGGGGCCCGAUUUCGCCUCGAACAUCCGUGCUUUCAUCGAGGCCGCAGUGCAAAAAGCCAUCCAGGAAGCCCUGCAGGGCCUCUCGCUUGGUGACAGGCAAGGAUCUGAGAUUGAACAGCCUGGGCCGAAACGGCGCAAGCGUCAGCAUGGCAAAGCGUCCGACGCACCCGCUGGGGAGGAUUCUUCUGCUGCCUCCAGCGCCCAUGCCACCCAGCCUGACAGAAGCUCGCCAGAUGCCAAAGGCAAGGCCAAAGGCGCCAAAGGCGGCGCCAAAGGCCCCGGCAAUGGUCAAUCGCCGGGCAAUGUAGGCAAAGGUCGUGGCAAGGAAGGUGGCAAGCCCGCUGAGGUUGGCAACGGCCGUGGCAAAGGCGACGGCGCUAAAGGCAAAGACCAGCCAAGAGCAGCCGAAGCGCAGCCAACCGAUGAAUGGCAGACCGUAGACCGCAGAAAACCGCAGGCUUCGUGGAGCCUUCGGUCCUCGGAUUGGACGGCCCCUGCCGUCAACUUCGAUGCUGUCGCAGAUGAGCUGGAAAAAACCACUGGCGUUUACAAAGCUGUCGUACUUUGUGGGCCAGGGCAGGCCGACCUCUUGGCAACCUUGCUUCUUGGAUCCAAGCGACCUCAUGGGGUCGUUGCGGUCACACCUGAUCACCCUGAUGCCUCAGCUCGCUGUCCUGGUGCCAUAGGGAACAGCUGUGUGUUCAAGCAGGUCCAUUUCCAUCACAUCAGCACGGCUGGAAUUGACCUGCCGGGCCCAAAGGUAGCUGCUGCCAGGGCUCAAAAAGUCAUGCCGGCGAAAACAGCAGUCUUGUAUGUGAGGAUUUAUAAGAGGUAUGUUUCCAAGGCCACCUGGAAAGAUGUGAUAGCAAGUCCCCAGCGAGCUUUCCACACUUGGGUUGCGCAGCAACAUAUGAAAGUGCAGGACAGUUGGGGAUGGGCCAAGGAGCAAGCACAGGGGGAAGAUCAUAAGGUUUACGCCCUUUUUAGAGUCCCCGAGGCCGACGUUACAGCCUUCGUUGCAUUGAGUGGGAGGGACGGCAUCUUUAUCGACCCACCGAGAUGGAUAUCUUUCCCUUCAUUUGUUGUGCAGUGGGCUGAGAAAGAGCCCAAGGAAAGUGAUCUUGACUUCCUGCAACGGGCCAUCACCAGGAUGUGGAUGCUUGAGCAUGCCCCUUUCGACUGGAGUGCGGCCCAGGCUCUCGAGGCUGUAUCGAGCAUCUUUGCAGAAGUGACCAUGACUCGCCAGCAGCGCACGCGUAAGGGAAUCAACUUCUUUUUCAAAGCUGCUCACACCACUGAUCACGAUGUCGUUGCCCUUCCUUUUGAUGAUGGGGACCAGACUGAAAUUAUGUGGUGCAGAUGGGCGCCGGUCCGUGCAAGACCCCAAGCCCAAACCAUCAGAACGAAUGGCUCCUGGUCACUGUUGCCUCCGCGUGACCCCUUUGGGGACACCACCAAGGUUGCACAAGUUGUUCAGCCGGACGAGGACAAAAAUCAGCCGGAGGAUGACGCUGCCAUGAAAUCGGCCAACUCAAAGGAGGCUGCUCAGGAAGCUAAAGAGGCCAAGGAUGAGAAAGAGGCAAAAAGGGGCUCCCCGAGCAAAGGCACGAGCACCGCAAAACGCACGUGCACUGAAACCCGGGACCUUCCCAAAGGCAUGGUGCAAGAAAGUGCCCAUGAGAGGGGGUGGCAAAACAUCCUCUGUUGGAACCAGCGCUGCUGCUUCAAAGCACUCGGUCUGGACAUUGCCUUCACAGAGCUCGUGCAGUCACAAGUCGGCAGGAAUGAGGAUGUGUCCGUGCUCCCUGCUGCCUCUGAGACGACGGCGGUUGCAAGCCACGAUCAGCAUGAUGGAGAACUCUUCACUGGCCGAGGCCAGGCGCUUCACUGGAAGUGCCCGAUUUGCAAUUUCGGGAUUGUCGCGCAGGAUGCUUUUUCAAAAAGUGCAGACGCUGUCACUGCUGACAAGCGGGCCCACUGCACACAAGCACAUCCUGAUACUUCCUGGAAAAAGUUCAAAGCCCUCGACCGUGCCAGCACCAUUGAGAAGGCGGCCGUCACACGAAGGGGUCGCGAGUGCAUCAAGCGCCUUAGCAAAGCCAAGGGCACUGACCUUGAGGGUUUCAGGCUGUUCUGCUGGCCCAGGGCAGCGCCUUCCAAAACCUUUAAGGCUCAAGGUGGUCUUGCGGCAUCUUUUGGAUGGAUGUGUCUGAACUGCUGCGGUCCCUUUCGCACCUCUGGGGAUGCCCUUUCCCACGCCAAAAGGGGACUGUGUAACAAGGAGACCGCCCAAAAGAAAGCCAAGCGCCGUGUCAAGGCCAUUGACGUGCUUGCCAAGGCUCAUGGCAAAAACACGCCCCCCGGAGGGAAGAAGCAGCGUGAGAGCAAAUUGCUCCAACAGGUCUGCACGGUGGCAGAGGCCGAUAUCAACCAAUCGUCGGUGGCAGAAGGAUUUGCUUCGUCAAGAUGCGCCGCUGGCAUUUUUGAUUUUCAGAAUGACUCCGAAGUUAAGCAAGUUUUGAUUGCUGCUAUUUAUGCGCAAUCCGGCAAUCCACAGGCCGCCUCUGCGCAGACAGAGGACAUCUUGGCGAUCUGUUGUCACAGCAAUUUGCCGUUUAUCGUCGCCGGUGAUUUCAAUCUAGAGCCCCACGAGGCCAUUGUGGGCGAAGCUCGGGCCAGCGGUGCCGUAAACUCCUUGGAUGAUGCGGCCCAAGGAGCUCCGCUUCCGGCCACGGGGCCAGGACGCAAGCGACGCAUAGAUUUCGGCUUAUGCCACUGGUCGAUUGCGGCGGAUGCUAUCAUGCACUUCAAUCCAGAGUUCUCCGAUCACGCAUCGGUAGGCUAUCAGAUCCCUUUAAAUGUGCCUGACUUCCAUGUGGGUCCGCUGAGGCGAUCCCCACACGAUCAGCCUUUGGAGGAUGUUGCUGCAGCGUUUGCAUCCAUCGAUUGUGCCCCGUUUCGUGAGGCCCUCAAUCAUGGACAACUCGACCGCGCCUGGAAUUUCCUUUCGGCGUGUGCGGAGACAUGUCUCUGCCACGAUAGAGCUGAGGCCCUACCUAGACAUCAGUCGUGGAUGCCUCGCCGCAUGGAACAUCAGGCUCAUCCUGCUCUUCAGGGCUCGGCUACAGUUAAAACACUGACAAAGCUCCAGCGCCAACUUGCUGUUGUUCUUGAAACCGGUGACCCUCAGACUGCACAAAAGGUUGUGAAGUCCCUUCCACGGGCCCGCCGUUUUGUUCCAGAUCUCCCUUGGGUUAGCUCAGACUUUAACGAGCUUGCUUCGUUUGUCGACAGACGACUCCUUGAGUGUCAGGACCAGGAAGCAAAGGCCAUACGAGCCCGCUGGAAGGAACUCCUUCGGGAUGACAGCGGAAAGCAACGCACUUUUGUCAAAACCCGAGCCGAUGCUCAACUUGAGUUUGAAAAACGAUCACUUGACUUUGCCUCUGCUGGCCAAGCUGGCCCUGUACAUCCGUCGGUUGUGGUACGUGACCAGACCCAGGAAUGGAUCGCAAAAUGGCAAGCUGAGCCACAGCCAAAGCACGAGGCCAUCGAUCGCAUUUUGCAGAAGGUACCUACGGUGACGCAGACGGUUAUCGACUUAAAAUUUGAAGCCGAGGAGCUUCGCGCCGUUUCGGCUGCCAUAGCCGAUAAGGCUGCAGGUCCCGACGGCUGGUUUGGGCGAGAUCUACGUAGAAUGCCGAUCAGCUGGUGGGUGCACGUUGCUGCACUGUGGCAGGAGGUUUGGGAUCGAGGUGUUGUGCCUGACUUAUGGCGCUCGGCUAAGGUCGUGCUGAUCAAAAAGAAAGGCGGGCCUGCGACCAGACCAAUCACCCUCACCCAAGUGAUCUGGCGUAUCGGCACCAAGAUCGUCGCCAAAGCACUCCGAAAAUGGACGCCUGAAUGGGCCACCGAAUGCGACCACGGCGGUCUUGCUGGCCGGUCCAUUUGCGAUGUGCUGUCCCAAAUCCAAGCAGCUUUGCAUCGUGGGACGCGGAAUGCAGCGCUCCUCGACAUCGCUGGAUACUUUGAUUCGCUGUGCAUGCCGGCAAUGCAUAAGGUUUUUAAAAAACUGGGGGCACCAAUGCAGUUGGCACCUCUCUUGGAUUCCUUUUAUUGUCAGGCUUCGCGUUAUUUUUGCUUCGCAGGCUCGUAUGAUGAAGGCUGUCAUGUCAUCAAAUCGGGCUUCGCCCAAGGCUGCCCGCUCAGUCCGAUUGCUGCAGCUGCUUUAUCACAUUGUUGGAGCGCCUUUCUGCAAGCCUCGUGUAGCAAGGUAGGUGUGCAAGUUUUUAUGGAUGAUCGCACCCUUGUUUUAGAGCCAUCGGGGACCCUCGAAGACCUUGAGCGAGCUCUCAGUGCCAGUGCUGCUUUUGAUGAUGCCUUUUCGCUCAGGCUAUCUGCUGAUAAGUGUUACAUCGCAGCUGCUGUGCACAAUGAUGGAACGCAACAUCUUGCAAGGCGAUGGCACUUUAAGACCUGCACAACACUUGACCUCCUCGGUGUUAGCUUUGAGUUUGAUGGCUCAGGCGCUUUGCCCAAGUUCUCACUGAGAAAAGCUGUGCUGAGGCUCAGGCUUUUAAGAUGGACUCAAGCCGCCACGAGAGCACGCAUCAUGCUGGUUCGAUCCCUUGUCAUUCCGUGUCUGGCAUGGGCCUCAGGUUUUGCCAGGCCUACCCGCCAGGACUUGGAUGCUGUAAGAUCAGAAGUUCGUCACCUCUUCAGUGGAGGAUACGGAGGAGACACAGCCACUGUUGCCUUCUAUGAGCUGCUGGGCUGGGGCCUUGAACCUGCUUUUGCCUUGGAUCUUGGAUUGUGCAAGUUGGCGUGGCGGUGGAUUGCCAAACCGCCAGUGUGGCAUGACCUGUUGCCCCUAACCGCCAUGCCAACAACUUGGAUAGCUCAUCUGCCUCAGUUCGGUGAUCUUUUGCAUCGGACGGGGUGGUGGACGAAUGCUCGAGCCGACACCAUUUUCCGGAGAGAUGCCAGUGGAGGCCUCCGAAAAGUCUGUGUUGGAUUUGAAAAUUUUUCUGUCUUGAAAGGGUGGUUGGAGGAUUUUUAUAGAGGGCAGUUUCUGCUGAGGUGCCGCCGCAUUGCAAAAUCGCUUCACAGGGAGGCUGCACCCAACCUCGCACAAGGCUUGGAUCUCCAGGGCCCCCCGGCGGGAUACAGGGUAACGUUUCAGGGUCACCGCGUCAUCCUUAAUGAUCGUUCCUCUGAGUAUAACCGCCGUGCGGCUUUCCUUUCGGGAGGGACGACAUGGUUUUACAAUGCUAAUGCCCCGCAAGAUGCAAUAGCGGAGCGCUGCAGCUGUAUGUGUGGGAAUGCACAGCCAAGCCGAUCGCAUCUUUUGUGGGUAUGUCCCAAAACCAGUGACCUCCGUAAUGGCUUGAGCCCGCCACAGCAUCGUGGAGAGGAGCGCCUUCUGUCAAAGCAUGUUCCAGAACAGCCCCCGCCACCACCGGCUGUUGACCCCACUGGACUCACUGAGGAGCUCGCCGAGGCAAUUGCGACCGAGCUUCAAGGUGCUGAUCACAUCGUAAUUGCCACGGAUGGCUCUGCAAAAAAUGGAAUUGCGGCGCAUGCGGCGAUCGUCAACCGCCCAGAUCAAGCUUUCGCGGGAGCCGAUAAUACUGAAGACCAGUCCUCUUUCAGAGCCGAGCUGUGCGGGUUAAGACUCACCCUUGAGGCUGUCCUGUUAGCGGCCCAAAGCGGCUCCAGAGGCCACGUCUUUAUCGCUGUUGACUGUGAAGCGGCAUUGAAGGCUCGCUUCAAUUGCCAGGCAAUGCCCCUGUUUGGAGCUCUACUGUCGUCCCUUGUUACCGCUGUUCGGGCCCAAGGUGUCACUUUGACAUUCUUGUGGGUCCCUGCCCACGGGAGACAUCUGACUUGGAGACCGGAGCAUCCCGCCUUGAAUGCUGAUCACCUCAGAGUUCUUAACUCUGCGGCGGAUCAAGCUGCCAAAGCUUGUGUUGCCAGGCGACUGCGAGGCUCGCUUCGCGAAAGGUGGCAUGCUGAAAAUGCCAUCGCCAAGGAGUGGGAAGUAACUGCAGUCCGUGCCUCUGCUAAGACUGCGGAGAGACUGCACGAACACCUUAAAAGCCUUCGGGCCCUCCCCCGGGAGGUCCGUCCUUGCCUGCCUGUCGCACAAGGCCUCUCCCAAGGGGCCUAG